UAUCUCCCUGCCGUCUCUCGAUAUUAACAUUUUAUGUAUGUUUUAAAGUCGUGAGACAAAGAUGACAGAAUAAUAAUAAUUAGGGUUAAUUGCUAUAACCCCCCGACCUAGGUCUUACAUUUUGAAAAUCAAUGUUAUCCCCUAACAUUUUAGUUUUAUUUAAAUGAAAUUCCGAUUUUGCAAAAAUUAAUGAACUCUAAUGAUAGUAAAAUAAGGCAAUGCUUGGUGGGAAGAAAAGGAAGCUCUACCCUAACCAUCAAUCAAUGGAAUUGUUUUAUGCAUGUAAAUAUGGACAAUGGCCUCUUGGUGAAUGUUUGAUGAUGUCGAGCAUAGCUGUGGCUACAUGUUUACAAUUACUCAUUCUCUUAAUUUCGUUUCUGCAAAAUGUUUCUUGUUUGUUGUGCUAUGAAUGAUUAUAAAAUCCCAAAUUCUCCUCAAUUAUGCCAAUGCAUGAGAAUUUACAAUAUUGUGGACGACGACCCAGCUCCUCGUGACGAGGUGUUUGCCUAUGCUAGAGAAUUGGUUGAGAAGAAGUGGCCAAAUUGGGCCGAGCAUAAUACAUCUACUGAGAAAGCUAUAUCAUAUAACCAAAGAGGCGAGAAGCGUGUUUCUAAUGAACGAAUUAAAAAAGAACUAGGAGUGAGGCUUCUCCAUUCAAGUUACAGAUCAGGCUUGCUAAAUAUUAUAGAUCAGAUGGAAUAUCCAUCAUCAUCAGAGAAGUAGACUGUUUAUGUUGUAGAUAAAUUGGAAGUAUACUGGUUUCCGCAAUCAAAGAGUUGCCUUCAUCUUUAGGAAUGCAUAUUAUUGAUAAUUUGGAAAUUUAAAAUUUCAUUCA